UACGUUUUAAUGGGCUAUAUAUUGUAACAAAAACAGAACCAUUACUUUAAAUGCUUUGAAGAAUUAAUGUUCAUAUUUAUAAGUUCAAUGGAUAAAAGUCGGUCAGCAGUUCUGAUUUAGCUGUAGUCAUGAAAUUUUGGCUUUUAUUCUUCAGCACCAUGCUCAUAUAUCACUGUAUGAGAUGCGAGGAGCGAAACUUUCGAGUUUACAUCAACGAAGUUAACAUUACACAUUUAGAUACGGAUUUGUAUGAAAAAUUCGAGUGUAAGGUAUACCAAGUGGAUAAUCGCACCUAUAUGGACUCGAUUCAUAUUUUCAAACGCACGGUUGACGAUAUUACCGUGCAUGCCGCCCUUGAUUUUUGGAAGUUAAACAGCAAACAGAAAAUGAAAUUAUAUGACGUUGAGUUUGAUGGAUGUUACAUUCUGGAAAAUGCUAACAAAAACCGAUUGUUCAAUAUGUACGUACAAAAUUUGAAAAAGCAUGCAAACGUUAAAUUCAAAUGCCCCUUUCGACCUAAUGUUAGCUAUGAAGUUAAGAACUUGACGAUGAGCGAGCAGGAUUUCCCUUCGUUUGUACCUCUCGGAAAAUUUCGAUCACUAAUUGAGUAUUACACAAAUCAAAAACUGAGGGCGCGAGUCAUCGCAAGCGGUAAAAUAUUGCCGUACUCAACUGACCCGUUUAAAGUACUAGAAUGAUGAAUUUAAAAUGUAUCAACAAACUAAGCAAACUG